UACUCUGAAGUUAGUUGUAUAUGGUGGUUCGCUUCAUGAUUGGUUUUCAAAACUUGUUUACGUUAAAAUUUGUGAGUUCAAAAGUAAUGUGAUUGACAGUGUAUAAUAAAUACAUACAUAUUCGUGAAAUUUUUAUAAAUUUAUUACAAUGGUACGAUAUGGUGCGCUUAAAGGUUUAUAUGAUUUGGAAAAGACUAUCGGAAGCGGAGGUUUCGCUAAAGUUAAACUUGCCACGCAUAUUGCAACCGGCGAAAAAGUUGCUAUCAAAAUAAUGGACAAAACAUCACUGGGUGAUGACUUGCCUAGAGUUAAAUUAGAAGUUCAAGCAUUAAAAACUUUAUUACAUCAACAUAUUUGUCGACUGUAUCAAGUAAUAGAAACAGAGAGUCAUUAUUUUAUGGUAAUAGAAUAUUGUUCAGGAGGAGAAUUAUUCGAUCAUAUUGUUGAAAAAAAUAAACUUUCUGAAACAGAAUCGCGCAAAUUUUUUCGUCAAAUUGUUUCUGCGGUAGCAUAUUUACAUAGCUUAGGAUAUGCUCAUCGUGAUUUAAAACCUGAGAAUGUUUUGUUAGAUAAAGAAGAGAAUUUAAAGCUUAUAGAUUUUGGAUUAUGUGCAAAACCAAAAAAUGGAAUAGAUUCACAUUUACAAACAUCCUGUGGUUCUCCAACAUAUGCAGCACCAGAGCUUAUAUUGGGAAAAAAAUACUUAGGUUCAGAAGUAGAUAUUUGGAGUAUGGGAGUCCUUCUUUAUGCAUUACUUUGUGGCUUUCUUCCCUUUGAUGAUAACAAUAUAGAAAAUUUAUAUAGAAAGAUCCUUAGUGGUAAAUAUGAUGAACCAAGCUGGUUAUCAAGUAAUAGUAAAAAAUUAAUACAAGCAAUGCUACAAAUAGAUCCAAAAAAAAGAAUUACGAUUCAAGAACUAUGCAAUCAUCCAUGGAUUACAGCAGGAUUUCUCAAUCCUGUUUCAUUUGUUCAUAAAACAAAUUUUCAAAAAGAUGAUGAUGUAUUAAGUACAAUGUCUGCAAUAUGUGGUGAAAAUACUUCAGAUAUAUGGAAAAAACUUGUAAAAAGUGAUCGAUCAGAUUAUAAAACUGCCACAUAUCUUUUACUUUUAGAUAGAAAACUACGUGGACUUUCACUUCGAAUAUCAUCUUCUGCAAAAUCACAUUUUAAAUCUGAGUAUGAAGGAAAUGAUAAUGGUAUUAUAACUAAACUUGAUUAUUCUCCAAGAAGUAAAUCUGUUAGGUCUUCAAUAAUAGAUACUACUUUCAAGAUUUUGCCAAAAACACCUGAAACUACUAAUAGUUUCAUGGAACCACAUUUGCCUGGUAGAAAACGACUCCGAAGUAAAGAAGAAGAUGAUGCAUGUUCUCCUGUUCCUAUAAAGAGAAUUGCAGAAAAAGAUAGAUUUGUUUCUACUCCAACUAGUACUACAAUAUCGGAUUCAAGAGAAUCUCAAUCGUGUACACCGGGAAGUGCAAGGAAAGUAAUAAUGGGUUUAGAACGUGGAUUGAAUCGUGUACGUUACGUCCUUACGCCAAAGAGACGUGUGAAAAAUGAAAAUAUCGAUCCUGAUCAACCUAACAUACUUUCUGGGAAGGGUCUUUGUAAUGUAUCAUCAACGUCCAGUAAUGAUCCGAAAUAUGUUCUUUCACAAUUACGUCGUGCACUUCGUCGUAAAGGAAUUAUGUGUCAUCAAAAAGGAUUUAUCUUACAAGGAGAGACGGAAGAUUGUACAGAGGAUGAAAAAGACGCAAUGCGACCAUUUUCAUCUAGAAAUGCCUGUUCUUUUGAAUUAGAAGUUUGUUUAUUAGAGGGUAUCUCAAAUGACAAAUUAGUUGGUAUUCGAAGAAAACGAUUAAAGGGUAAUGCAUGGGUUUAUAAACGAGUAUGCGAAGAAGUUCUUGCUCUGGCAGCUGAAGAUUUUUCCGCGGAAUCAGAAGGUUCAACGGAAUCGAAAUGUCCUAUUUGAAGUUUUUUUGACAUUCAUAUUCUUAUUGAUAUAAAUAUAUAUUUAAAUUUAUACAUUACAAGAAGUCAAUAAGACUAUUUGAUUAUAUUCUGAUCUCCAGUAGUUAUAUAAAAUAGAUAUUAAAUAGAUCAUAAAAACAAAUAUAAAAUAUAUUAAUUUUUGUAUGUAUCAACAAACUAUUUAUGGCAGCUUUGAUACAUGCAUAUUAAUUUUGAAAAUGUGCCUUUCAAAGACAUAAUUUCUUCUGAGAAGAAAUAAUCAUAAGAAAUGUUACAGAAAUAUGAAACUUUAUUAAAUAUUUUCCCAAAUUUCAAACAAUAGUAAAGUUAUAAUUUCAACAAUGGUUAUAAUCACUAAUUGUGUAAUAAUUUUUAUAUAUUAAAUGUUUAAAAAUAAGACAAUAAAUGUAUAUAAAUAAAAAUAAUAUUUUAUGAUUUUAAUUAACAUGAUUAAAUAAAAUUUCAUAAUAUAUAUAAUAAAUAAAAUAUAGAUAAAGCAAUAAAAUUCUUACUCAAAGUUAGUAACAGGUUUUAUUUCGAUCGUUGAACGUAACACAAAGAAAUUUAAAAAAAAGAAGCUCGGUUCCUUCUACUGGAAUAUAUAAAGCUCUAUUUUGUGUUCAUGCCACAGAUAUAAAAUAUCGCGGCUCGUUUGAACGGCGGCAUCUACACGAGACUACUAUGGACAGGCGAAGUUAUAAAAUCACCACAAAUCGAUCAGCAUAAAAUGGAGCUGCAUGCACUUUGCUUUAUGGCAGUCAAACCGACCUUUUAUCUUUGCCCGCUCAAUAAUCGUCGGCUCUUGUUUGUAGCCUUACUGAGCCUAUUUUGUCGAUGGCAUGUUCUUUUUUUCCUUUAAACAUCAAUCGAAACAAAAUAAAAUCCGCAGAAAAUUUGCAACCUAUUCUACUGAAAACGAAACGUGUAAUAAAGAUAUUAUGAUCAUUUUUUAUAUUACAAAAAUCUGAAACAACUAUAUGUAUUUCAGAAUAAUAAACUUAAUCUUAUAUUAUGAAAUAAAUUUUUAUGAACGUAAAUUCAAAAUACUUAUAUUUACAAUAAUUUAAUUGUACAAGAAAAUUACUUUUAUAUAAUAAAAGUUGUUAAAUUAUUAUUCGGUCAUUAAUUUAAUUUAAUGAUAGAUUUUUCAUAAUAAUCAGAGCUAUUAAUUAGAACUCUAUAGAAUUCUCUAUUUUAUAAAUAUUGCAAAGAGAAUCAUUAUAAUAUUUCAAUAGUAUGUUUUAUGAAUCAGUUAUUUAUUCAGAUUAAUUAAAUAUAAAAUUAUUUAAAUAAUACAGAGACAAAAAAUGAUGAUAUAAAUGAAAUAACUAUUCGAACUUAAAUUGUCUGAGCAUAAAUUACAAUUAACCGUAGCAUGCGUGCGCAUCGCAUGAGCGCACGCACGUGCAACUUACGGUAUUAAAUUCAUCUCUGUACUUUAUCGAAGAGUAAUGUGUUAGAACAGAAAUCCAGGUGAUUACAUUAUAAAAAUUUUUGUGUCAUUUUUUUUAUCCAAUCAAAAAUAUUUGUAAGCAAAUAAUUAAAUUGUCUAAUUGUCAAUUAUUACAAUAUAAUUUGCAUAUUAUGUAAUAGCCUUUAGAUAAUAUUUAAUUUUUACGAAAGAAAAUUUACAAAUGGCCGAUUUAUGAUAUUGAUUUCGAUGAAACAAAGAUAAAAUUAAUUUUGAAAAUUAUAUUCACAUUAUUUCAUAGAAUAUAUGUGAUGAUUACAAAUGGAUUCCAUUUGUUUGUUUUUUUAUUGUUAAAUUAAUAAAAAAACAUAUUGUUUUUAUUUUCAUAAAAAAUAUUUCAUAGUUAAAUAAAAGAAUUAUUGAUAUAUAGAUUAUAUACGGUUAUAUAACUGUUUAAAAUUUAUUUUCGAAAUAUUAAAUUUAUCAAGUAUGUACAAUUUUUUAUUUCUUAUAUAUUAUUUCUUAUUUCUAUAUAUAUAAUAAAUAUUCUUAUAGUAUAUAUAUGUUUCUUAAAAAUCAAUUUAUCUUUUUUAAAAAUUUUAAAUAAUAUUAUAUGAUAAUUAAAUUUUUUUAAAUUGAAAAUAUAAAUAGGUAAAACAUAAAAAAAAAUUUCAAAUAAAAAAAAAUCUAACGAUUUAAAAAAACCUAAAGAAAACUCUAAAAUAUCAAUAUUCUUCUGAUAACAUUUUUAAAAUCUGUUAUAGCUUAUUAUAAUAUAUAUUUGCAUGUGAAAGAAGAUUAUCAAUUUCUUAUCAAGUUAGCUUAUGUUUCGUUACGACUAUUCGGAGGAAUAAGGAAAAAGGAUGCGAGUUUAAUAUUAUAAUUCAUGUAUAUGAACGUUAUUCACCAUAUGUCAACUUCGUUCUUACUGAUGGAUUUGAUGUCGCAUAUUAACUUGUACCAAUUAUCGUCUACUCGACGGUUAAUUAAAGAUUGGGGCAAUGAAGCCUAGCAAUGCAGUUUCCGUGAUAAUAAUUAUCUGCAAUAGUAAUUGAAUUGUUACGCUGUCGAGUAAAUUGAAACAUCGAAGAGCCUAGAAUAAAGAAAAAUCAGGAAAUUUUUGAUGUUUUAUUUAUGAUUACUCGUCUAUUCUUUAUCUGUAUGUUUCUGAAACAUCGGUAAGGUGAAUAAUUCUGGUAGCAAAGUUAAGAAAGGAACGCUUGGUGAGGCGAGCCUGCAGGCAAACGGCUGGACGAGAUCAUGUGGAUGUAUGUGAAUGUGAACAAGUAAUACGUUCAUAGACGAAGAAAAGGUAAGGGUGGCACGCGCGGCCCGCUUCUAUCGCUUCCGGGCAUCAGCGUGCUCGCGAGCCGCAGCUAAUUGCUCUUUAAUGCAAGCGAGCGAACGAGCGCGUUGCUUUUCUUAGAUGCCGAGGGAAACUGACCGUCGUCGUCCUGUACGCCGUAAAAAAGAGAAUACACGAGAUUUAUGUCGGCCCCCGGACUUUUCGUCACGCUUUGUUUAGGAUACGGUUUUAGUUUUGAGAAAACUCUUGGGGCUUCUUCCUUCUUUUUAAUUGCAACGGGUCAGUUUCAGUUGUUUAUUCAGCUCUGGGCCACUGGCAAUACAUAUAACACUGGUAACAAAAAUGAAGGGUAGAAAGCUCGAUUCGCCGAGGCAUGACCAACAGAGUCCUGCAAAAGCUCAUACAUAUGUAGACGACUCGGUCGGGACAUCAGAAACCAUGGGGAGGACCCUCCGGAAAAAUGAAUAUGCAGCCCCAUAAAAGUUUGUUCAUUGAUUCAUUCAUAAUGUCGCCAAGGACGAGACUUCUCUGGCUUGUAGAUUGUCAAGGUAAAAGGGACGAGUAGCAACCCUUCAUCGAAAGAGGUGGCGAAGGAAGAAAGAAGAAAGAGGUGAAGCUAGGAGGGGAAGGGAAAGGAAAGAACGAGGCUGAAUGCGGUGACUGUGACGCUUUCCGGUCAGGUGCCGCCCUGACGAUCCUUCUCCUACCAACUUCCACUUGGAUCCACUCAUUCACUUACUUUUACCCUCCUUGAUUUCUUCCUUCUACAACAUCCUACUCGAUGAAAAAAAAAAAGAAAAUAGAAUGCACACAGAAGAAAACGGAAAAUUAUUCCUUUUUAAAUCAAGAUCUUGAGACUUGAAGAAAAGAAGAAACGGAAUAAUCAAUUCGAAGUUUACUUAAUUGAUAAAUUAUAGUAUUUUUGAUUAUUUAAAAUUUUUCAAGAAAUAUAUAUAUAUCUUUUUUUGAGUUAAAUUAACAUUUUAUUAUCUGAUUUUUAGAUUUUUUGAAUUGAAAAAGAUGAAGAGAAAUAGGAAACAAAUGAAUUUCUCUGGUCAGUAAUAGUCAGUUCGUGUUAAAAAGAAUAUAAUGAGCGUUUCUUUCUAUUUGCUAGGUUAUUACCGUCGUAAUUAUCACGAUGCCUCAGGAGGCCAUUGUCACAAUGAACGUCCGGAGUUUCCCUACGAUUAUCGUACCGAAAAUCUCUUGCUGCCCAACCAACUUCUCGCCAGCUUCCUGCCUGCGAUGGACAAUGAUUAUUUGUCGCAACUACACCGUAAAUUCUGUUAUACAGGAAAGAAAAUGGAAAAUUAUUCGAAGGAAUGAUAGCUUUCUAUCCUGGUGAUUGUCACUAUUUGCGGUAGAGAUGUCGAAUUUUUAAAUUACAAUUAUGGAUUUUAUGAUUCCUGUUUAGAGGAAUGAAUGAAGAAUUCAUCUUUUUUUGGAUAAUAUAAAAUUAUAAUUACGUCGGUAUGUAAUUUUUUUAUCAUAUUUCUUUAAAGUAAUUCUUAUUCAGGAAUUUUAUACAUAUUUUAUAUUAUGACACAAUAACAAAUAAAAUAUGUACAGUUUCUUUAAAUUUUUCUCAUAAUUUUCUAAAUAUUUGUAGCAAAAAUUAUCAUAAAUAUAUAAUUAUCAAAUUAUCUUUCUUUGUUACAUAUAUAUACAUUAAGUGUUUACAUAUUAGAUCAACCUCAUGUAAUCUAUGCUAAAUAUAUUUAAAAUAUUCCACUUA